GGUAAUUUUGUGUCACGUGACGACAUUCGCUCGCUAAAAGAAUCAAGAUGGCGUUCCUGUCAAACUUUCCGAAGGCUGCUCUUCAAAUUCAGCUUAAAUCAGCUGGAGCUAGAUGCUUUGCUUCAACCACAACACAGUCUUCAAAAUCCAAGAAGACCCUAGCCAAGCCCAAUGUGCGCAAUGUGGUGUUGGUGGAAGGGGUCCGUACUCCCUUCCUUAUGUCGGGCACAGACUAUAAGGACCUCAUGCCUCACAAUCUGGCAACCAAGACUCUGUCAGGUCUUCUCAAAAGGACAGGUGUUGAUAAAGAUGUCAUUGACUAUGUUGUGUAUGGAACUGUGAUUCAAGAAGUGAAGACAAGUAACAUUGCCAGAGAGGCCAUGCUGAGUGCUGGUUUCAAGGAUACAACUCCUGCCCAUACAGUCACACAGGCGUGUAUCUCUUCUAACCAGGCCAUCACUACAGCUAUUGGCCUGAUAGCGGCGGGUCAGUGCGAGGCAGUUGUGGCAGGCGGGGUGGAGUUCAUGUCAGACGUCCCAAUACGGCACAGUCGAAAGAUGAGGAAGAUCAUGCUUGACUCCAGCAAGGCCAAGACCACGGGCAAGAAACUGCAGCUACUGUGGAAGGCCAUGUCCCCGGCUGUCUGGACCCCUGAGUUGCCUGCUGUUGCUGAGUUCUCCACCAGUGAGACAAUGGGUCACUCUGCUGAUAGACUGUGCACAGCCUUUGGAAUUACCCGCCUGGCACAGGAUGAGUUUGCCAUGCGGUCCCACAAGUUCGCAGCCGAUGCAAUCCAGGCUGGACUGCUCACAGACGUGCUGCCAUACAAAGUGCCAAAGGUGGCUGAGUACAUAACAAAGGACAAUGGAGUCCGGCCUUCCUCUCUUGAACAGAUGAGCAAACUGAAGCCAGCCUUCAUCAAGCCUUUCGGAACUAUCACAGCCGCCAAUGCUUCAUUCCUAACUGAUGGUGCCUCUGCCUGUCUGCUGAUGUCAGAAGAGAAGGCCCUCUCUCUGGGCCUCAAACCCAAGGCCUACCUCCGAGACUUUGUCUACGUCUCACAGGACCCCAAGGAUCAACUGCUGCUGGGACCAGCCUAUGCUACCCCCAAGGUGCUGGACAAGGCCGGACUCAGUCUGGCAGACAUUGAUGUCUUUGAGUACCAUGAAGCAUUCGCAGGACAGAUCCUUGCAAAUUUGACAGCUUUGGAAUCAGAUGAAUUUGCAAAGAAAUUCUUGGGAAAAUCUGCAAAAGUUGGAGCGCCAAAAAUGGACAAGUUUAAUCUAUGGGGAGGAUCUCUAUCGUUGGGUCAUCCGUUUGGAGCCACAGGUGUACGUCUAGUAACCACUGCAGCCAACAGGCUGAUCAAAGAAAAUGGGCAGUAUGCGCUGGUAGCAGCCUGCGCGGCAGGUGGCAUUGGUCAUGGCAUGAUAGUGGAACGUUACCCGUCAUCAAAGUGACCUGCUUGACCGACCAUGGCAAUGCAAUGACUGUGAUGUUCAUGUACAAUGCUAAUGUAGCGGGACAGAACAACAUGAGAAUAUGUGUGAUAUGUUAAAAUAACAAAUCAUUCUUUUAUUAAAAACAGAAAUAAAUUAUUUAUGAAUUGUUAAGAACAAAAUGGCAAGUUAAAUUUGUUGACAGUAUGAUUGAAAUUCUAACAGUUUUCUUUUAAUAGUAGUGGUUCAUAAAAAACUUGUCUCCGAGAUUUAAUAACAAUCAGUCAAUAUUUUUUUCUAUUUUAUUGUUCUUUAGUCAUUGCAAACAUGAUUUGUUCAUUAGCCUCAUUCAUGUUUUAAUUACAUGGAUUAUUCUAUAAACUGGAUGCUGGUUUGAAUUGUAUAUUAACUAUCAAAUGAAAGACAGACAUUUACCACUACUCAUUAUGCCACAUGUGGAACAUAAUCCCAAUACCUCUGUUUGUAUUUGUAUGAGUAUCCUUAAUUGUUUAUUAUAUUGAAUAUUAGAUGAUUAAUAUACCAGAUGAUGUAUUUGGUAAAUAACUGCAAGCUUCAGGAAAGCAUUUCUAUUUGAGAAUUUUGUGUCAUCAAUAUGUGAAAAAUGAUGUUUGUGGCGGUGGUUUGUACAUUAUAACCUAUUUGUUCUAUAUAUAUAAUAUGAACAUUUAUAAUGCUCUAUGUUCAUUGUGUUUUCCAAAACUAUUUUCAUACUCAUUUAAGUUGUAAAUAUGUGUAUUGGACAAUGAAAUGCACAAUAAAAACAUGACCAAUAUUUAA